GGGAGUAGAAGACAGAGCAGCCUUGUUCAGUGUCUGUGUUCUCCUGCCUCCCGAAGUGAGCACACAGCUUUGAUUGCUGAAUCUGAAGGUUAUGUAACAAGAAGAGGAGUACGUUAGUUCCUCUUGCCUCUGAAACCAAUGAGUAGCUUGUGACAGUUCUAGCCCAAGAGCAUUGAUCUGGAGGAGGGUUGCAGUCCUCCUUCUCUCUUUACAUGCACCUCCAGUUAAGACAAAGCUGUCCACAAAGGCGAACCUUGAACCGCACACAAGUGACCUAUGGAGUGACAGAAAAUGCACCAGUAAGCACUCUGCCAGCACAAAUAUAUCAGUUGCAGGUUUUAGCCUCUGAACUGAAGUCUGGAUUCACAGAGGCGAUGCAGGAGUUGUCCCGGAUACAGCAUGGAGAAUAUGGUCUAGAGGAAAAGGUUAAGAGCUGCCGCUGCCCCAUGGAAGAGAAGGUCACGGAGAUGAAGAACUCACUCAACAACCUAAAGGAAGAGGUCAACACAGCAAUGGCAAUGAUCCAUGCAAUAAUAGCCAAACAGGAGGAAAUGCAGCAGAAAAUCGAACAGCUUCAGCAGGAAAAGAGAAGAGAGUCUAGGAAAGUAAAAAACAAAACAAUACAGAAAGAAGAACAUAUGUCUCAAACUCAUAUACCACAGAACAGUUCUAUACAGCCUUCAAAUCACCCUGAACCAAUGCUGAUUAAUCACCACUAUAACGAUCUGAUGCACAGUUCCCUGUAUGAGAAAGUACCUGUGUCCAGAUCAGGGAAUGCCAGUGAGAGCAAUCUGAUGGGCGCUACUACAAGCACACCUCGGCCAUCUCAUGAAGAGACUGAAGACAGCUACAGUUCAUCUAACAUAGUUGAAGCACAGUCACGGGUAUACAUGCCAUCCCUUAUCUGGAGACAGCCGAAAGAGGGAAGAGAAUGGGAUGAAGAGCAUUCUCCCAAAGAACAAGGAGAGUGUCCAAGAGAAAUGACCCAGAAUAGAAAUGCUCCUAUGGACAAUGUGCUAAGUGAACCUGCUGUUUUCGCACGAAGACAAAAUGGUGCUAAAGACCUCCUAGAAUCCGAGCGGAAAUAUGUCCUGAACCUGUCUCAUAUUCUGAAGAUUCGUUCCACAUUACAAGGGUCUGAAAUAAAGAAGACCAUCAAACAAAGAAGUUUCUUUCCCAGUUCAUUGCGGUAUCUGAUCCAGCAUCAUCUGGACUUGCUCCACAUACUACAGGACAGAGUUCUUAAAUGGUCCCGUCAGGGAAUCCUGGGAGACAUAUUCCUGAAAUUAACCAAUGACGAGAACAAUUUUUUGGACUACUAUGUUGCUUACUUAAAGGACCUACCAGAGAGUAUUUCCGUGAUUCAUAUUGUGGUUCUAAAAGAGGCAGAAGAAGAUAUAAAAUCGGAUCUGUAUAUAUUGCUAUUUCAUGUUGUCCAGCGUAUCCCAGAAUACCUCAUUCUACUACAGAAUAUCCUAAAAUACACUGAACAGGACCAUCCAGAUUAUUACUUACUCCUAGUGUGUGUACAGCGGCUUCGAGUUUUCAUCUCUCACUACAGUGUCCUGUUUCAAUACAAUGAAGAUCUGCUAAUUCAGAAGAGGAAAAAAUUAAAGAAAUCCUCAUUGAUUAAGCUUUAUAAAGGGUUAGCAUCCCAGUGCUCAGGAUCUAGCCAGGAAAUUCUUCCCAGCCUGAGCAAUGUCUCCAAGGUUAAGGAGAACACGAGUCCGCCUGAUGAGACAGUACAGCCUUACCAAACAGCUCCAGGUUCCAGCUCAUCAAUUACGCAUAUGGUGCCCCAUAUUAAAAAGAGCAGGCAGACACCUGUGGAAAACAUACAGUCCUUAAAGUCAUCUGAAUGGGAUAUCGAUGGCAAGAAACAUGAUAGGUCUGAGAAUAUGUUGGCCCACACUUUAUUCCCUGGAUCAGACCAAGAAGUUAAUUCUCUAAUGACACCUCUACAGUCAAUACCAGAGAUGGAGUAUGAAAGCACUUCUAUGGAUGCAAUGCUUAACAUGGAAAGGUCGAUGAGGACCUCAUCUAAUAUAUUACCUGAUGGAAAUUUUGCCCCAAGCUAUGAGGAGUAUGAAUAUGGUGGUUCAAUAAUAGGUGUAUCAGCUCCAUAUGAAGAAGAGACAUUUCCAAACCGACCCCUGUUUGAGUCCUGUUCCGCUGGAUCUUCAGAGUCCAGUCUUGAUAUCUGUUUUUUAAAGCCUAUCAACUUUACACUUGAGUCAAAUAGGACUGAACGCGCCAUGCAGCCCUUGGCCAGAAAUUGUCUUUCUCCUGUGAGUAACAGCAGCUAUAGGCAUGAAGGUAUUCAUGUGAAAAACAAGCCUCUUAGUAGGUCUCUAAAAGAAUUUCCACGGAAUCAAGAAACUGUGUCUACCACCCGGAUGUACAGCACCAGAAGCACCAAUCCCAGUCGGAUGCAGUUCAGACAAGAAAGAGACAGCCAAUCCCACGGUCUUUCCACCACAACUCGAAACUCACAAAGACACUUUUAUAUCCCCCAGAGGCCACACUGUGAGAGCAGGUCUCUUUUAGAGGAUAUCCAUAUGGAUGGAAAUGCCAGAUUCUACCAAAAAGAUGAAACUGAGCAAACAUCUUUCAGUGAGCACCACUCAAGGUCAGAUCAGAAGGGUGGUUUCCGGAGUUCCUUCCGCAAGCUAUUUAAAAAGAAGUCAUGUGGAGUAGAAAACAAAGAGAAAACAAGUGAAAAGUCAUCAAUAGACCAGUCACCAACAAGACAAGACAUCUUCAGAGCACAUUCUGCCCUGAUCAACGAGCUUGACCGAGGAACUGCUGUGUGAUAGAUAUCUGCGUUCAGACUGUAGCUUUGUAAGGGUUUAGAGAUACCCAGGAGAGAAGCACUGA